AUGAGCCGACAAAACUACUCGAGCACUGCUAAUUUGCAUACUGAUGGAUCCAUACGCAGGACAAAAAUCCUCUUCCUGGGCACGAGAAGGAGUGGAAAGACUUCCAUACUCCAAGUUCUCUUUGAUGAUCUCCCCGCCAAACAGACUUUUUACCUCGAGCCCACCAUGCGCGUCGCAAAACAUUUCAUUGAUACCAUCAUCCCGUUAGAGAUAUGGGAUUGCCCAGGAAACGUCACCGUCGACACACUCGGUGCAUCCCUCGCUGAUUUCUCGACCAUUGUCUUUGUCAUAGACAUUCGAGAUCUGUACCAACAACCUGUCUCAAAACUCGUAGAAUUCAUUGUCGCAGCAUGUCAAGUGAACCCAGAUAUCAACUUUGAAGUGUUCGUUCACAAAGCAGAAAGGCUCCAAGAAGACGACAAAAUCGAAAACUUCCGUCAGAUACACGAGCGUGUCAUGGACCGCCUUCUAGACGAAUCCCCCGAAUUCGAGCAAUUCCCACUUAAUUUCCAUCUCACCUCAAUAUAUGAUCAUUCUCUCCGAGAAGCCUUCUCCCGCGUGCUUCACAAACUGAUUGACUCCCUACCGUACCUAGAAGAACUAUUAAACGUCUUUUGUUCUAACACCGCCUCCCCAAAGGCUUUCCUAUUCGAUACAUCCAGCAAAAUCCACGUCGCAACAGACACCUCACCAGUAGACCAAGCAACGCACAACCUCUGCUGCGACUACCUAUCCAUGCUCAACUCAUUUGGACCCUUGUACAGGUCCAGCUCCAACGACCCACAAAUGACUCGAUUUUCUCCAACACGAACGCCCCCACCCACAGCAACCGCAUCAACUCCCGCCUUCAGCACCACUCCCGCCGGAACCCCACCCCUCACCACUUCAUCCCCCGUCCCCACGUCAAAACCCCACUUCUUCCCUUCUGCAGCGACGUCGCUCUCACCUUCGCACCCAGGAACUACGCUUACUUACCACCUCGUGACGCCGCAUCUUGCAUUGCUGGCAUUGCUUCCGACGACGGUGUAUGAGAUGCGCAGGGGUUUGGUGGAGUGGAACGUUGUGUGGUUUCGGGAGGGCGUUAGGGAGAUAUGGGAGGUGGAGAGGGAGCGGAGUACGGGGGAAGUUGUUUGA